GCGACAAAACGGCCCUCUCUUUUUUCCUCCCCUUCGCCUUCAAUCGCAGUGUCGGUCGCACAAGAGCUCACAUCUGCCUUGGCACCCGCUCUUUCACUUUUGCACAUCCAAUGCCUUCGUAAACACGCUCCUUGCCUCGCUGUUGCUCUGCUUGAUCCCUGAGCGUUGCCUCCAUCGAUAGAAUCUCCAUAUUAUUUCCUCCCCACCCCCUUCUCGUCGACAGCGUUCGUUUGACGCGCACACUAACACACUAAUACGUCCCUGUGUGUCAGGAAAGCCCCGCUUCAGCUUCCAGAUCUGACGGUGUAAAGCGGUCGGAGCGCGUUUGGUGGAGGGCACGUAUCUUUCCAGUGCUCUUUGGCGUGCGAAUCUGGACACGAUGCCGCUCAAGUCACGCUUCACCCGCAUCGACGCCUUCACCAAGACAGUCGAGGAUGCCAGAGUACGCACGACGUCUGGAGGCAUCGUCACCAUCUCGUCCAUACUCAUCAUACUGUGGCUGAUAUGGGGUGAGUGGGCGGACUACAGGAGGGUUGUUGUCAAGCCAGAGUUGAUCGUGGAUAAGGGGAGAGGGGAGAAGAUGGAGAUCCACAUGAACAUCACUUUUCCCAGGGUUCCAUGCGAACUGCUGACCCUGGACGUGAUGGAUGUCAGCGGCGAAGUGCAAGCAGGCGUCAUGCAUGGUGUAAACAAGGUUCGACUUAGCCCAGAGAGCGAGGGGAGCCGGGAGAUCGAAGUUCGCGCGCUGGAAUUACAUCAGGACGAUGCCACGCAUCUCGACCCUAACUAUUGUGGCGAAUGCUACGGUGCCCCGGCACCAGAAAACGCUAAGAAAAAAGGAUGUUGCAACACGUGCGACGAAGUGCGCGAGGCAUACGCAAGCAUAUCAUGGUCCUUUGGCCGCGGCGAGGGUGUCGAACAGUGCGCGCGAGAACAUUAUGCCGAGCGACUUGAUGCGCAGCGCAAGGAAGGUUGCCGCGUCGAGGGCGCUAUCCGCGUCAACAAGGUGGUGGGGAACUUCCACUUUGCGCCGGGUAAGAGCUUCAGCAAUGGGAACAUGCACGUGCACGAUCUGGAGAACUACUUCAAGGACGGCGCGAGCCACAGUUUCACGCACUACAUCCACCAACUGCGGUUUGGCCCACCCAUUCCGGACUCGGCCCUCAAGGCCAUGAGCGGUGCUGGCGGAGUCUGGACGAACAGUCACAUCAACCCGCUUGACGGCACAGAACAGCACACGGACGAGAAGGCGUACAAUUACAUGUACUUCAUCAAGGUCGUCUCGACUGCAUACCUGCCGCUUGGUUGGGAGAAGUACAAGGGAAGCAAGUCGAUCGACACAAACGUCAACACAAUUCCUCACGAGAUUGUCAGCAUGGGCAACCUGGGACACGGUGAGCACGGCAGCAUUGAAACGCACCAGUACAGCGUCACGAGCCACAAGCGAAGCGUCCAUGGCGGCUCAGACGAGAAAGAAGGUCAUAAGGAAAGACUGCAUGCUAGAGGUGGAAUCCCGGGCGUCUUCUUUUCAUAUGACAUCUCGCCCAUGAAAGUCGUGAAUAGGGAAACGCGCUCGAAGACAUUCUCCGGGUUCCUGGUAGGCGUCUGCGCAUGCAUCGGUGGCACAUUGACUGUUGCCGCCGCUGUCGACAGAAUGCUGUACGAAGGCCAAAGGACAGUCAAGAAGCUGCACCAAGGUUGAGGUACAUAUAUCUAUUUUGGCACGGGCCUGCUCUUUGUUUUUUUUUUUCUAUUUUUUUGAUAUGGUCUGGACGAAUUUGGAUGCAUGGUCUAUGGCGUUUCAUGAAUUCGCGCUGCUUGUUGAUGGGCAGUUGGAAAAAAAAAUCAUCUUUCUCCACGCGUCUCCUGAGUGGGUGCGCUUUCUACGCAUGUUGGAACAAGGACGCAGUUUGCUCGUCGAGAAGAAAGGCAGAAAGCAGUGUUGUAAGAUGCAAAUCUAUUUUGGUGCGCAGACAAGACGUGUCGCAUUGUCCCAAGUUCUAUGUGCGUGGUUCGUACUCAUUACAGCGAUGUUGUGCACGCUCAUGUCGCGCUGCACAAGAUACUGUCUACCCCACCUCCCCUCCUCCAAAAUUCUCUAGGGUCGUGUCCUUCGUAUCCUCCAAUAGAGACAAUGGUAUCAUGUCUAUUACAGCUGAGCGCACCCAUCAUAACCCGAAUGUAUUAUGCGCCAGUAUCAUCAAUAGAGGGAAAAAAAAA